AUGAGGUCUGCCGCUAUUGCAAGCGCUUCGAUACGGUGCAGUCUCAGUCGUACACCGACUGUUCUACUAUUCCGUCGUCGAACAUCGGUUCUGACAUCACGUUUAAUGCUUGAAGAGGACUCAUUCGGUAGUGCAGCGACUUGCGUAAUGACUGUGUCCUCCGGAGACGCUGCAGUUGGUAUUAACAUUGUGACGGACACUAGUUGCUCGAGUGGCGGCACCGGUUGCGUUGACUCUGUCUGUCGCUAUUGCAAGACUAAAGACACUGAACAAUCUGCACAUUUGAGUAGUUGUCCAUCCACUACAACGGCCCCAACGGCUAUAACGAAGACAUGCCCGACCACAGUGUCGGACGGUGAUGCCUCCGUUGGCAUCAACAUUAUCACGGAUACGAGCUGUGCUAACGGUGGACUCGGCUGCAUCGACAGCAUUUGUCGGUACUGCAAAACUAAAUUGACGGAUCAGUCAGCACAGUUCGGGAGCUGCUCAGACUACUCCUCAACAUCGAUCAGCUCACCACCAGCCACUGUCGCUCCUGUGACAACCCCGACGUCCACGAGUCCCAUUUACUCUAUUCCCGUGGAUUGCUAUCAAACCGCGUCUAACGGUGAUAAAAGCCUCGGGUUAGACAUCGUCACGGAUAUGCGGUGUGGUGACGGAGGUGUAGGCUGCUUGGACAGCAUCUGCCGCUUUUGCAAGCGCUUCGAGACACCACAAUCGUAUUCAAUUUUUGUUGGUGCAGACCGAUGA